CUGCGCGUGCUUUAUGUUGACAAACAUUUGUGUGGCUCCCCGUAGCGUCUCUGAAGUCCGAACUUUUUGCGCCGAAACACAUAAAAAUAUUCGAAGAGUACAAAUAAUCGAAAAAUAGUUUUAAGUCCCAGACAGUCCGUACAUACUGUUAGUGAGAAACAAGUGCUGAAAAAUGUUCUGCGAAAUGCAUGGCAAAGUGCGGCCAAGCCUAGAAUCGGCUAAGGCUUGUUAUUAACCCGAAAGAUACAAAACAUAAGCAAACUGUAAACAAGUUGAAGUGAGUGAGUGAGUGAGUGUGUCGCAAUCUUACAACGAAUUCCAGCAAUCAAGCAACCUACAAGAUGCAGUUUCGGAUAACUCUGACAUUUGCCGUGCUCUUGGCUGCCACCAUCUGCCACGGAUUGGCCGCAGUUACGGCCCCAACUCCGCCGGUUCAGGGGGCGACCCCGCCCGUGCAAAAGUUCCGACUGACGCCCCACGAUCUGCAGAUUCUCGAGGGCACCGACACCCUCCUGCGCUGCGAGGUGUCCAACCGGGCGGGCAAGGUGCAGUGGACCAAGGACGGCUUUGCGCUGGGCUUCUCGGCGGUGAUUCCCGGGUUCCCCCGCUACUCCGUGCUAGUGGAUGCCAAGCAGAAUGCCUACAACCUGCAGAUCAAGAACGCCACGCUGGAGGACGACGCCGAAUACCAGUGCCAGGUGGGUCCUGCCGCCGGCAAUCCGGCCAUCCGGGCCAACGCCAAGCUGAGCAUCGUGGCGGCGCCGAGCAGCAUCGUCAUCGAGGGCUAUGCCCGGAAUGCCCGCGUCGAGGUGGAGGAGCGCCAGAACCUCACGCUCCACUGCAUCGCCGAGAACGCCAAUCCGGCGGCGGAGAUUGUCUGGUUCCAGGGCGAGGUGCCAGUUGCCACAGCUCCCAUUGUGUCGGUGAAUCAAACUGCCCCGAAGCGCUUCACGACCAGCUCCACGUUGCACCUGCAGCCCCGCGCCGAGGACGACUACAAGGAGUUCUCCUGCGAGGCGCGGCACAAGGCCCUGCCCCCCGACGUCCCGAUGCGCGCCCAGGUGCAGCUCUCCGUGCUGUAUCCCCCGGGAGCCCCGUUCUUCGAGGGCUACGGCCAGGGCGAAAGCCUGCACCGCGGCCAGGAAGUGCAAAUCGCCUGCCGCAGUCGGGGGAAUCCCCCGGCCCAGUUGACCUGGUACCGGAACGGCGUGGCCAUCAGUUCGCCGCAGCGCACCUCCGGGCGACUGUCGGAGAACGUUUACAAGUUCACCGCCGCCGCCGAGGACAAUGGGGCCAAUCUGGUGUGCGAGGCCAAGAAUCUGCUGGCGACAACUCCCCUGCGCGCCGAACUCAAUCUGACUGUCCUGUAUGCCCCCAAGGACGUGUAUCUGAGCGGCGCCAAUCAGGCCAAGGUCGGCGACUCCGUGCAACUGAGCUGCGUGACUGCCCCCUCGAAUCCGCAGGCCCGCAUCAGUUGGUCAAUAAACGGAAGGCCCCUCGAGAACAGCACCUACAAGACAACCAGUGCCUCCGACGGAGGCUGGGUGAGCAGUUCCAACAUCACUCUGAACAUUGACUCGCAGAGCAGGUCCUUCAUCGCCGUUUGCCACGCCCUUAACACGGAGCUCACCCAGAAUGUGGUGGGAUCUCACACCGUAAAUGUCCUCUAUCCCCCUUCGCCGCCUUUGCUGACUGGCUACAACGAUGGUGACAUCCUUAUCUCUGGAUCUAUUUUGAAACUGCAGUGCAGUUCUGCUGGCGGCAAUCCCCCGCCCACUUUGCAGUGGUACAAGAACGAUAAGAUCCUGAAUGCUCCCUCCAAACUGGUGGACAGCAAGAUCUCCUCAGAACUUUCCCUGCUGGUCAACGCCUCCGACAACAAUGCCAUCUACAAGUGCAAAGUUCAGAAUGCAGCCAUUGAUAUCCCGCUCUUCGCCACCAAAACUCUGGGAGUUCAUUUUCCCCCUGAAACGGUUAAGAUAAGUGUUGUGCCCAAGAAUCUGGUGCCUGGCAUUCGAGCCAAGUUGGUCUGCGACUCCAGCUCGAGUAAUCCUCCAGCGAAGAUCAGUUGGUGGAAGGACGGCAUUCCCGUGGAGGGUCUUAACCUGGCCAACAGGCCUGGUCUGUGGGGUGGCUCGGUGUCCACACUGGAGAUGUAUGUCAACAUCACCCAAGAUCUGGAUGGCAUCGUCUACACCUGCCAGAGUCACAAUGAAGUUCUGCAGCGCAGUGUGCACGAGACCAUCAGCUUGGAUAUACUUUAUCCCCCCAAAUUCGAGGCCUCGCAGAGCACCACGUUCGUGGGAGUGGAGGGAGCGCCGUUCCAUGUGGAGCUGAUGGCCAGCGGAAACCCCAUGGCAAUUAGCUACACCUGGACCAAGGACGGCCUGCCCAUUAGCAGCAACAGUCUGAGCGGCCAGCGUUUGAUCUCCGACGGACCGCGUCUCAAUAUCAGCCGGCUCAGUCGCAACGAUGCGGGUGUCUACAUCUGCGAGGCGCUCAACAGCCAGGGCACCGCUCUGCUGGAGAUCCAAGUGGCCGUCGAAUACGCCCCCACAAUCACAUCGGUGAGUGAGGGCCGCAGCUUCGUGGCCGGCGAGCCGGCGGUCUUGGCCUGCCACAUUCAGGCCCGCCCGCUAGAGGCCGCUCAUGUGCGCUGGUCCCGCGACGGCUACGACCUUGCCACCCGCACCAUCUCGAGCUUCGAGAACGGAACCGCCCUGCUGCAGAUCGCCAAGGUGGAGCGCAGCGACAUUGGCAACUUCACCUGCAUUGUGGACAACCAAAGAGGAGCUCCCGCAGCCCAAAACGUACUUCUAGUCGUUCAAACUUCUCCGGAAAUCGAUCACUCCCCCUCCUACACUCGCUACGCCGCUCGCUUGGGGGUUCGAGCUCAGCUGAUCUGCAGAUCCCUGGCCGCUCCUCAGCCCAGUUUUAUUUGGCGUCGUCAUGGCAAGGACAUCAAGAUGCAGCGACGGAACAAGUUCAAGAGUGUGGAGCGCCAGGUGGAUGCCCUCAACUACGAGUCCGCUCUCCUGAUCGAGAACACCUCGGCGGAUGACUACGGGCAGUACGAGUGCGUGGUGCGAAACGCCCUGGGACAGGCCAGCACCACCUUGGAGUUCAGCAAGCCCUCUCGUCCGGACGCUCCUCUUCAGCUGCGGGUGGGAAAUGUCAGCGACACGGGAGUGGAGCUGAACUGGACGCCCGGAUUCGAUGGAGGCAUGCAGACCUACUUCCGACUGAGACUAAAGCAGCAUGGCGAGGAUAAGUACAAGUAUGUGGACGCCAAGCCGGGAUACCUAAACGUGUCCCUCGAUGGCCUGAAGCCCGGAGCCACCUACUACUUCUCCGUGAUGGCCGCCAAUGAGGCGGGAGGUAGCAAGUUCAUGCCGGACAUCAAGCUGACCCUCAGCAAGGGCUCCCAGCCCCACUCGGCGGAGUACACGGAGAAGGACGAGCUGCCCAAUGUGAUGAUCAUAGGAAUCACCUCGGCCGCCAUGGUUCUGUUGGUUCUGAAUGCUGCCCUGGUGGCCUGGUUCGUGAUUCGUCGGCAGAACAAGUCCCAGAGCGAGGCGGAGCCCAGCAACGACGACGUGUACUCCAAGGACGACAGCCAGUCUGUCUACAAGCUGCCCAUCACUGCUUUGCAGGCGGAUGUGCAGAAGAAGGCGGCCGCCUCCACGUACCUCGUGGAGAACGUGGACAUCAUCCAGUCAACGGCGUACCCGCCGAAGUACCAGGAGAGCUCCAUGUGCACCCCGCCGUACCCGCUGUGCAAUCCGGACUUCACCCGCACCCUGCCGAACCCCAAGCGGCACAGUCAGCGGAACAGCGCCACGGGAAUGAUCGAGGGCAUGCAGAUGCGCUCCAAGGACGAUCACAUGCUGAUCUCCAACGGGCUCUACAUCCCCUCCCCCUCGCCCGCCUCCUCCCUGGUGAUCAAGGGCAGCUAUAUAUCCUCGCCGUCGCCGGCGCCGCCAGCCGAUGGAUCGUACUUCAAUAUGAGCGACAAGUACAUGUCCUACCCGCCAGUGACCUAUUAAGCCGUGCUGAGCGUCGGUGACAGCCACAGACAACCCAACCCAACCCAAGCCAAGCCAAACCAAGCCGAGCUAACCGAAACCCAGCUAGACUGAUUGACAUACAUCAUUCAUAAUCACCUGUGGAAACAAGGAAAGUGAGGGACGCACGCAGAACUGGACUCGAAUCAAAUCGAAUCGAAUCGAAUUGAAUCGUGUCUUUCGGUUACGACUGGCUGGCCGUUGGUUUUAUUGAAUUUUAUUUUGAUUUUAUGUUUGUAAUUAUUACUUUACGACGUUGGUUAUUACGGAGCGCAAAUGGAGAAACCGUGUUGAGUGUGUUUUGAGAAAAGACAUUUGCAUGCGGCGCUCAAAGGCUGUGAUAAGUACCUGUGCCCAAAGCUCUGGAGACGUUGGCACCACCGCAACUCGGAGAUGGAAACACGCAGGCCAAAACGUUUGCCACAAGACCAAAGACCCCUUUCCCUUUCCCGUUCCCAUUCCCAUUCCCAUCCCCAUUCCAAUUAAUUUGGGGCCCGGGAUUGGGGAUUCGGGGUAUUGGUCUGGCCACGGGGCAGGUGCGCAACCCGUUCUACGAAAUGCCUGCCCUCCACCCACUUAGUCCACCACAACCCGAACAUCGGCAGAAGCAGCAGCAUUAGUAGACACCACAAAACAAAAGAAAAACAACAAGAAAAACAAAAGAAAAAUAGGGGAAGGAACAACGCAACACUCUCAAAAUAUUAAUUCGUAGUAAGGUCUCUCGAUAUUAAGUAGUAGGAAUUACGCAUUUUAGCCUUAGUCUAAAUAUAUUGCGAGUCUGGCGAGUCGUGACUCAUUCUCAUUAGCAGUUGUUCAAGUUUAAGCUAUAGGACAUACCGAUAUUUAUCAAUAUACGUACUGUAAACAUGUAAACAUAACGAAUAUACACAGCAGGCCCGAAAAGCGCAAGCGUUCGACUUCCAACGAACCCGAUUCGAAAUCACCAAACCGAAAUAGCGACUUCAAUUAUAUAGACAUUUUAAGUGUGACUUUUGAUAGGCCUAAGACUCGAAACAUUGAAUAUAUUCAAAGUACGUAUUUACAGCAUUCAGCGACUUUCUUUUUAUCAUGCAUGACAAUAAUUAUAUACAUGGUAAAGAAGUUGAUGCACGCGCGAGCGCCAAAAAUUAUGCUAAAGAACUCUAUAAAUACAAAUUCAAUAAACAUGUUAAUUAUAAAUUAGA